CUCCGGAGCACCCGCACUGGGCUGCAUGGGGACUGGCUGGAGGGGAAGGCCCGGGGAGGGGGAGAGGGAGAGGCAGAGCUUCGGGAGGAGAUGAGGUGAAAGUAAUUGACGCUGCCCAGCCCGGCAGUGGGAGAGCUGUGGGAUGCGUCAGUGUGGAGCUGGAGCUGGAGCUGGAGCUGGCAGAGGUGUGAAUGAGCAGAGGAGACACACGAGCUCCAAGUGCUCACCCCGGGAUGGCUGCGACCCGUGGACCCAUGGCCCCUUCCUCCCCAGAGCAGAAUGGUGUUGUGCCCAGCGAGGCCACCAAGAGGGACCAGAACCUCAAACGGGGCAACUGGGGCAACCAGAUCGAGUUUGUACUGACGAGCGUGGGCUAUGCCGUGGGCCUGGGCAAUGUCUGGCGCUUCCCAUACCUCUGCUAUCGCAACGGGGGAGGCGCCUUCAUGUUCCCCUACUUCAUCAUGCUGAUAUUCUGCGGGAUCCCUCUCUUCUUCAUGGAGCUCUCCUUCGGCCAGUUUGCAAGUCAGGGUUGCCUGGGUGUUUGGAGGAUCAGCCCCAUGUUCAAAGGCGUGGGCUACGGCAUGAUGGUGGUGUCCACGUACAUCGGCAUCUACUACAAUGUGGUCAUCUGCAUCGCCUUCUACUACUUCUUCUCGUCUAUGACACAUGUACUGCCCUGGGCCUACUGCAAUAACCCCUGGAACACGCCCGACUGCGCCUGUGUGCUGGAUGCUGCCAACCUCACCAAUGACUCCAGGUCUGCUGCCCUGCUCAGCAACCUCUCCCACCCGCUGAACCACACCUUCCAGAGGACCAGCCCAAGCGAGGAGUACUGGAGGCUGUACGUGCUAAAACUGUCAGAUGACAUCGGGAACUUUGGGGAGGUGCGCCUGCCCCUCCUCGGCUGCCUCGGUGUCUCCUGGGUGGUCGUCUUCCUCUGCCUCAUCCGAGGUGUCAAGUCUUCAGGGAAAGUGGUGUACUUCACAGCCACAUUCCCCUAUGUGGUGCUGACCAUCUUGUUCGUCCGUGGUGUGACCCUGGAAGGAGCCUACACGGGCAUCAUGUACUACCUGACCCCACAAUGGGACAAGAUCCUGGAGGCAAAGGUGUGGGGAGAUGCCGCCUCCCAGAUCUUCUACUCACUGGGCUGUGCCUGGGGAGGGCUCAUCACCAUGGCUUCAUACAACAAGUUCCACAACAACUGUUACCGAGACAGUGUCAUCAUCAGCAUCACCAACUGUGCCACCAGCGUCUAUGCCGGCUUUGUCAUCUUCUCCAUCCUCGGCUUCAUGGCCAACCACCUGGGUGUGGAUGUGUCCCAAGUGGCCGACCAUGGCCCCGGCCUGGCAUUCGUGGCUUACCCUGAGGCCCUCACGCUGCUGCCCAUCUCCCCCCUCUGGUCCCUGCUCUUCUUCUUCAUGCUCAUCUUACUGGGGCUAGGCACUCAGUUCUGCCUCCUAGAGACGCUGGUCACAGCCAUUGUAGAUGAGGUGGGGAAUGAGUGGAUUCUGCAGAAAAAGAUCUACGUGACUUUGAGUGUGGCUGUGGCAGGCUUCCUGCUGGGCAUCCCUCUCACCAGCCAGGCAGGUAUCUACUGGCUGCUGCUGAUGGACAACUAUGCAGCCAGCUUCUCCUUGGUGGUCAUCUCCUGCAUCAUGUGUGUGUCCCUCAUGUACAUCUAUGGCCACCAGAACUACUUCCAAGACAUCCAGAUGAUGCUGGGAUUCCCGCCCCCACUCUUCUUCCAGAUUUGCUGGCGCUUUGUCUCACCAGCUAUCAUCUUCUUCAUUCUCAUCUUCACGGUGAUCCAGUACCGACCAAUUACCUACAACCACUACCAGUACCCAGGCUGGGCUGUGGCCAUUGGCUUCCUCAUGGCUCUGUCGUCUGUCAUUUGCAUCCCACUGUAUGCUCUGUUCCAGCUCUGCCGUACAGAUGGGGACACCUUCCUCCAGCGUUUGAAAAAUGCCACAAAGCCAAGCAGAGACUGGGGCCCUGCCCUCCUGGAGCACCGGAUGGGCCGCUAUUCUCCCACCAUAGCUCCCUCCCCUGAAGAUGGGCUUGAGGUCCAGCCUCUACACCCAGACAAGGUUCAGAUCCCCAUCGUGGGUAGCAACGGCUCCAGCCGCCUCCAGGACUCCCGGAUAUGAGCACAGCUGCUGGGGGAGUGCCCCACCCCCACCCCGUGCUCCCACACAGAGACUG